CGUGUAUUUCUUCUCUUUCGGCUGGUGCUACAGCACCGACACGAGCUUUUCUACGAAAUCUGCCGAUCAAGACCGGAACAAAAGCGAGGUCAACAACACUGCGUCCAACGUCGCACCUGCUUCUCCUCCCGCUCCAACCGGCAAGAAUGUUAAAGCCGCUCGCGAUAAUUCCUGCGGCGCGCCGGACCAGAAAGAAGCCGGGGAAGAAGGUGAAGAUGACGAACAGAGUGGCUAUGUUCAAGAUAUUAAUGGUGCACCAGCACCGAGGCCGCAGGAUCACGCCGAGAUGAAACAGGCUACUUCGAAGAUGAUUCCGGUCAAUUUUGCGGAGGAUGUACUACACCUGCGGUACUACAAUGACGUCGUGCAAGAUUCAAUUACUGGAGGUGUGCAAGACGACGGCCUGGUCGUUCUUGAGGACGGUCAGACGGUUGUUGUCCGAGCGGAGCCGGAGGACCAACCAGUAGAAAUGGAUCAAGAUGAAAUACGCAGCGUGCAACCGCUCAUUACUAGUAUGAUGUCUUCCGUGACCACAUCGACCCUCGGGAGGAAGACAGAAGAGGUAUUAUACUUGACUUUUGCAUGUGCUUUCUUGUUCUGUCGUGUUGUAAGUAUCUGUAUGAAAUGGCCCCCACUGAAGACAGAUGGGGGAAAGAUUCGGCUGAGUUCUACAGUGGUCAACUUGUGUACGUACUUACUGCUCUCGGGAGGCUCAACGAAAUCGAAAUAUUAUGCGACUUCUUCAAAAUGGCAAAAAUAACAGGAGGACGAAGAGAAUGAUCGCGAAAAUAAAGCUCUGGAAGAGUUGCGGCUUAUGCGCGAGGAAAUGGAAAGAAUUCGGCAGCAAAGGGACAUGCUUCUGCAGGAGAAAUUUGCGCAAGAAGCGAGGGCGGUUGAAGGAACUGUAUUUGUUUUUAAACUGAAAGUAGGCUACUGCUCUUCAGUGCGAAGCCCUUGCAUUAUACACGACCUAAUAUGAAUGUCCAGGAGUUUUGAAUUUGUGAAUGAAGUUUUGACACAACUUCCCCCUGUUAUUUUGUACACAAUAUUCACUUUCUCAGGUUGAGGUCCAACCUUCGGCGUCUGGUCGUUCAGCAGAACCCGGUAGCCGGAAUAAAGCAUCGGCAAAGGAGGUGAAUGAUGAAUCUGCGAAAGAGGCGCAGUCCACCCUCGUGUCAGGCAAUAGCACCAAGGCCGCGUCUCGGAACGUAUGGAUUGCAAAAAUGUCCGGGUCUGGAAGAAUGAAACGUGUGAUGCUAUUUUUGGAAUCUAAAAAAAUCUGUAUUGCAUGAGGAGCAAGAGGCGUCCAGUUUUUGCUCCGCGGAGAAGGCAUUUGUCAUGCGGGAUAGGCAUCAAGAUACCUGCAAAAAAUUUGUGAUGCUGGGGCAUACAUCGUAGACAUCACGGGUCAUGCAAAAUGUGCAUGACAAACCUUGCAAUCUUCCAGACCCAGACAUUUUUGCAUUUGAUAGAACGGGUCGGAAGACAACUGGUGCCCCGUUUCGCACAAGAAAAAUAAGAAGAAACGCUCCUCGACGACGCAGGCCAACACGUCGGAAAUAAAGGGAGUCAAUAGUGGGGGCCCCACCAGUACCACGACAACCGCUAUUCAACAUCGACAGAAAGCUGAUGUGAAAGAGCAGGCAGAACCUCCACGCGUCGACGAACGAAAACAGUCCCGAGAUAGGAUCGCCACCGCUUCGACAGUCGACUUUGCGAUGACGGGACUGUCUAGUCUCGUUUCGAAAAUGUCCGGGAUCCAGGAGAAUGAAUUACACGAUGAAGACGGCGUCGAUCAGCUUGAGACUGCAGCACCUACCUUGACGUCCACUUCAUUUCAGGAGAGAAGGAAGACGAGUAGUUUCUCGCAAGUAGAUCACGGGGGAACAAUAAUCGAAACUAGAACUACUGCGCCGAAAAAUCGCGCUGAGAACAAGACGAAGAUUGUCGUCGACCAGGUUUCUGUAGAAGUUCAGGAUCCGAUCCUGACCCCGCUUCACGUCGUGCCUUUGCCGCCGUAUCCCGCGCCCCCUGGCCCGUGGGACGCUGACGCCGACCAAGAGGUGUUGUGCGCUGGCGAGGAGCAUCAACCAGCAGGGCCACCACCUAUGCUUUUUCCGCCGCCCAAAGCCUCUUUCGACGAG